AUGGCUCCAUCAGGACAACGCUGUGAGCCGGUGGAAUACAAUGUGCGCGACCUCAUCAUUUAUGCCUUGGGCAUCGGAUCUCGUGAUUUGCGCUAUGUCUACGAGAAGGAUCCCAACUUCGCUGCUUUCCCCACGUUUCCCGUGGCCCUCUAUUACAAGGGCACCUCUUUUGAUGUGCUGCCGUUCCCGUCGCCCAUUUUGGACGCCUUUCCAGUGCCGGAGGUGUCCGGGGUCAAGGUCUGGCUGGACGCAGGCAUCACCAUCGAACGCUUUGCAGAGCUGCCCAGCACCGGAGGACGUUUCACCUUGGAAGGUGGUGUUGCUUCGCUUCAGCCAAAGGGCAAAGGUGCUUUGAUGGAAAAGCUCUACGACGUGAAAGAUGAGUCCGGCAAGACCUACUACCGUAUGGUCGACGUCUCCUACCUGGUGGGUGCCCAUGAUGUGGACGCCUUCGGCACUACCCUGACGGUCCCUGUGGAUGUCACGAAAGCCGUGGGAUCUCGAGCACCCACGUGGCGGGUGGAGGAAACCAUGGAGGCAGGCGUCGCCUGCGUCUACCGGCUCUCGGGGGACUACAACCCACUGCACCUGGAUCCCGGCUAUGCCAAAAGUGCUGGCUACGAGCAUCCCAUUGUGCACGGCAAAUGUACCUUGGGUCAUGCUGCAAGGAUGCUGCUGAAUACCCUCGCAGGUGGCGAUCACCGUCGUUUUAGAAGUUUGCAGCUGCGAUAUGCUUCACCAGUGAUCCCGGGACAGACGUUGGUCACAGAGAUUUGGGACCUUUCGUCGGAGGAGGAUUUUCAUGCCAAGAAAGUGGAUGACCCGGAUGACCCGGAUUUUCAGCUUGCCAUUGAACCACAGCAUGCCGCUGCCACCAGUCGGCAAGGAUGGCAGGCUGUCUGGGCCGCAUCUUUGCUGCUUGGAGCUCGGUUGGCAGCCAUGAAGGCAGACAAGCCGAGCGGCGCCGACACAGAUGCGAGCGAGCCUCCAUUGCUGUUCUUCUUCAUUUGGUACGACUUGGCCAGUUACGAUCGCAAGAAACUCAACACGGAAGCCAGCUUUACAGAGGGCCUCAUGAGGUCGUGGGAAGGCCUCUUUCAGCCAAAGGAGCCCGAGUUGACACCAGAGGCUUGGGGCAUCUUGGGGCCAAAGAUUGGAAGGUUUCCAUAUUUCCAAUGCAAAUGCUUUGAAUGUCUUUCAAUUUUCUUCACAGUUUUCUGGAUUUGGAGCAACAAGGAUGGACGCACGCAAAUCUUUUUCACUCCAUUUCGUCCCAAAAGUUUGGAUUGCUGGGAAUAUGUCAGUCGGAGGUUUGAAACUGUGAAUUUGCCACAUGUUCUUCGAGAGCUUGACCUUGGAAUUUGUUUCAAUAUGAGCAUUUUUGACAUUCUAAGUCUUAGUUGGAAAGCUACAGAAAUUAGCUCUUUCAGUAUGAGCUUGGAUUUUUUUUGUCAUUUUUCAGCAUCUUUAUGGUCGUCCGUAGCUGUUUGUACAGAUUUUGCCUCAAGCACUCAGGGACGCUAUUUUGCUCAGCGUCGACAUAGCCAUGGCACUCAGAUCCGUUUUGUUCGCUUGCCUCAUCCUUGCGAGCGUUGA